AGGAGAGAGAAAACGAGCCAGAGAAGAGAAGAGGGACUCCGUCUUCUUCAUCGACCUCGUCGUCACCUCUUUCAUCCUCCUCCCUUCUCUGGCUUUUGCAUUCUGACCUGUCUCCGCCUUCCUUGUUGGGUCUUCUGUUUCCUUUGUUGCACGAGUAGUCGAGGACCGGAUCUCUCCCUCCGUGUCUCGUUCUUUAUUUCGUUCUCUCUCUCGGUGGGCUUGGUUGUCCUUUCCGUUUCCGUCUGCAGGGAGCUGGUCCUCCUCCUCCUUUCUUCUCUUCCGAGGAGAAGAAGAAGAAGAAGAAGAGAGAGAGGGAGAGAGAGGGAGAGGAGGAAAAAUGUACGUGGGGUACGUGCUUUGGCUGUGGUUGGCGUCGCUGGCGACGUUCGCAUUCCUGUCGAGGGGGUGGAGGAGAACCGAAGCGCAGAGGAAGAGGGGGAAGGAGGGAGACGAGAAUGUGGGGAGUCGGCAUCUUGGAGGGCAGAGGGAAGGAGCGGAAGGCCGCCCGGACGUCAUCAUCGUCGGCGCCGGAGUCGCCGGCUCCGCCCUCGCCUACGCCCUCGGCAAGGAUGGUCGACGUGUACAUUUGAUCGAAAGAGAUCUAACGGAGCCAGACAGAAUUGUUGGGGAACUUCUGCAGCCUGGCGGCUACCUGAAAUUGGUUGAGCUUGGUCUUGAUGAUUGUGUGGAACAAAUAGAUGCUCAACAGGUAUUUGGAUAUGCACUUUUCAAAGAUGGAAAGGAUACUAAAGUAUCGUAUCCUUUGGAAAAGUAUGAUUCAAGUGUGUCAGGAAGAAGCUUUCACAAUGGGCGCUUCAUUCAACGGAUGCGAGAGAAAGCUUCCUCCCUUCCUAACGUCCGGUUGGAACAAGGAAGUGUGACCGCACUUAUUGAAGAUUGUGGAAUAAUAAAAGGUGUCAAAUAUAAAUCCAUGAAUGGUGAUGAAGUCGAGGCAUAUGCACCACUUACAGUUGUGUGUGAUGGCUGCUUUUCAAACUUAAGGCGUUCGCUUUGCUAUCCUAAGGUGGAUGCACCUUCUUGUUUUGUUGGUCUUGUUCUGGAGAACUGCGAGCUUCCAUACCCAAAUCAUGGACAUGUUGUUUUAGCAGAUCCUUCCCCCAUUCUAUUCUAUCCCAUCAGUGGAAAUGAGGUUCGAUGCUUGGUUGACGUACCUGGUCAGAAGGUACCCUCCAUAGCUAAUGGAGAAAUGGCAAAAUAUUUGAGAACCUUCGUGGCACCUCAGAUACCAAACCAGUUGCGUGAUGCUUUCCUCUCUGCCAUUGAUAAAGGGAAAAUUAAAACAAUGCCUAACAGGAGUAUGCCGGCAUGUCCUUCUCCUACACCGGGGGCUCUUCUUAUGGGAGAUGCUUUUAACAUGCGUCAUCCUUUAACUGGUGGGGGAAUGACCGUUGCACUAUCUGAUGUUGUUCUUAUCUCAAAUCUUCUAAAGCCUCUCCGUGAUCUGGGUGAUUCUCCAUCACUUUGCAAGUACCUGGAGUCCUUUUACACCUUACGAAAACCAGUUGCAUCAACAAUAAACACUUUAGCAGAUGCACUCUAUAAAGUGUUCUGUGCAUCGCCUGAUUUAGCAAUGAAAGAAAUGCGUCAAGCCUGUUUUGACUAUUUGAGCCUUGGAGGAGCCUGCUCAUCAGGACCAGUUGCCCUGUUAUCUGGCUUAAAUCCACGUCCUUUAAGCCUCGUUCUUCACUUUUUUGCUGUUGCUAUCUAUGGUGUUGGGCGUCUUUUAACGCCAUUUCCAUCUCCCAGACGGCUGUGGAUUGGAGCUCGACUCAUAUUAGGAGCAAGCGGCAUCAUAUUUCCUAUCAUAAAAGCUGAAGGUUUCAGGCAGAUGUUCUUUCCAAACACUGUCUUGGCGUAUUACAGAAGCCCCCCAGCUAGUUGAAUUCCAGUUCGAGCAAACUUUGUCGCUACACGAGCAGAAUGAAGUUGUUAAUGUUUAGCUAAUGCUUCCACGUUUGGCAUGUCCUUGUCCUUGUAUGCAGAGUUGUUCUCAUGUUUUUUCUCCUUGUAAUGGUCCAGGGUAACCACUAUAUGGAACACUCCAGGCAAUAUUCUGUUUUCACCGUGUCAAGUGUACACUGCUAAUAUGACUCAAUCCUUGAAAUGUAGAAUGUGUUCUUUGUCCUUA